AGCUGCUGCCGCCGUGGGGCGAACGUGUGAACGCGCGGUGCUGGGGGCGGCGCGGCGCGGCCGGCGGGGCGCGGUGGAGCUGACCGGCUCCGAUGAGGCGGAAAGAGAAGCGGCUCCUGCAGGCGGUGGCGCUGGUGCUGGCGGCCCUGGUCCUCCUGCCCAACGUGGGGCUCUGGGCGCUGUACCGCGAGCGGCAGCCCGACGGUACCCCCGGGAGAGCGGGGGCGGCGGUGGUACCAGCGGCCGGACAGGGCGCACACAGUCGGCAGAAGACGUUUUCCUUGGGCGAUGGGCAGAAGUUGAAAGACUGGCAUGACAAGGAGGCCAUCAAGAGGGACGCUCAGCGCGUAGGAAAUGGAGAACAAGGGAGGCCUUACCCCAUGACUGAUGCAGAGAGAGUGGACCAGGCAUACCGAGAAAAUGGAUUCAACAUCUACGUCAGUGAUAAAAUCUCCCUGAACCGCUCUCUUCCUGACAUCCGGCAUCCAAACUGCAACAGCAAACGCUACCUGGAGACGCUCCCCAACACGAGCAUCAUCAUCCCCUUCCACAACGAGGGCUGGUCCUCCCUGCUCCGCACAGUGCACAGUGUGCUGAACCGCUCACCGCCUGAGCUGGUGGCCGAGAUUGUGCUGGUGGACGACUUCAGUGAUCGAGAGCACUUGAAGAAGCCCCUUGAAGACUACAUGGCCCUUUUCCCCAGUGUGAGGAUUCUCCGUACCAAGAAGCGGGAAGGUCUAAUAAGAACUCGGAUGCUGGGGGCCUCAGCAGCGACUGGGGAUGUCAUCACAUUCCUAGACUCACACUGUGAAGCCAACGUCAACUGGCUGCCCCCCUUGCUCGACCGCAUUGCUCGGAACCGAAAGACCAUUGUGUGCCCGAUGAUCGACGUGAUAGACCACGAUGACUUCCGAUACGAAACACAGGCCGGGGAUGCCAUGCGGGGCGCCUUCGACUGGGAGAUGUACUACAAGAGGAUCCCCAUUCCUCCGGAGCUGCAGAAGGCCGACCCCAGCGAUCCAUUUGAAUCUCCUGUGAUGGCUGGUGGACUGUUCGCCGUGGAUCGGAAGUGGUUCUGGGAGCUAGGCGGGUACGACCCCGGCUUGGAGAUCUGGGGAGGGGAGCAGUAUGAAAUCUCCUUCAAGGUGUGGAUGUGUGGGGGCCGCAUGGAAGACAUCCCCUGCUCCAGAGUGGGCCAUAUCUACAGGAAGUAUGUGCCCUACAAGGUCCCUGCUGGAGUCAGCCUGGCCCGGAACCUUAAGCGAGUGGCAGAAGUGUGGAUGGACGAGUACGCCGAGUACAUUUACCAGCGCCGCCCUGAGUACCGCCACCUCUCAGCCGGGGACGUGGCUGCUCAGAAGAAGCUACGCAGCUCCCUAAACUGCAAGAGCUUCAAGUGGUUUAUGACCCAGAUCGCCUGGGACCUGCCCAAAUUCUACCCACCCGUGGAGCCUCCGGCAGCCGCUUGGGGAGAGAUCCGCAGUGUGGGCACAGGGCUGUGUGCAGAUACGAAGCAUGGGGCCUUGGGCUCCCCACUGAGGCUAGAGAGCUGUGUGCGGGGCCGUGGAGAGGCUGCCUGGAACAACAUGCAGGUGUUCACCUUCACAUGGAGAGAGGACAUCCGGCCUGGAGACCCCCAGCACACCAAGAAGUUCUGCUUUGAUGCCAUCUCCCACACCAGCCCCGUCACCCUGUAUGACUGCCACAGCAUGAAAGGCAACCAGCUGUGGAAGUACCGGAAAGACAAGACCCUGUACCACCCUGUCAGCGGCAGCUGCAUGGACUGCAGUGAAAGCGACCACAGGAUCUUCAUGAAUACCUGCAACCCCUCCUCUCUCACCCAGCAGUGGCUAUUUGAACACACCAAUGAGACAGUCUUGGAAAAAUUCAAUCAAAACUGA